CAUCUUUGUUCCGUGUUCAAUCUACCCACACUAUCCAUCUGUCCGUCCAAGGGUCUCACCGUCCAUCCAUCCAUCCAUCAGGCAGGACACACGGAAAAAACGCUCACAGCAUAGCACACAAAGCCAACCAUCCAUCCAACCAUCCAUGAGUCAAGAGUCCACAUCCAUCUUGCCCUUCCUGUUCUUGCGUUUCUGCCGCAUCUUCUCCCGCAUCUUUUGGUGCUUGUCCUGCUUGCCGCCCUCCUUCCUCACACGAUCCUUCUCAACCCCCUCCAUCUCCACCCCCUCCAUCCUCCCUUGCCCCUCUCCCCUCCUCUGCAGCUUCGCCUGCCUCCUGGCGGCCCUCUCUCUCUCCCUCUUCUCCUCCUCCUGCUUUUGCCGCUUGAGGGUGUUCUUGAUGUGCUGCUCGAGGGCGCCGUAGGGGUCGGCCUGGAAGGGCGGGAAGCUCCGCACCCGCUCGUAGUGCCGUAUCUCCUGCUCAACCAUGGCCUGCCAGUCCUUCUGCCGCGCCCCUUUCCUCCGGCUUCGCUUCUUGCUGUCCUCUGGCGCCUCCUCAGCGCGCCUCUCUAUCUCCGCCAGGUCGGCCUCGAGGUCGCCCAUGGUCCCCAGAGGGCCGCCGUCAGCGGCGCCGAACUCAUGCUCAGUCUCCUUCUGCUGGCGAAUGAACUCGGCAAAGUCGAACUUCUGCAGCCACUUCUCCUUUUUCUUCUGACGCUUGCGUUGACCGCGGCUGAGUCUGGGUGCGGGAGCUGUCCGCUCAACGACAUCUCCUACUAUCGGUGGUCCGUUCAGCUCUGUUGGAGCCGCCGCCGCCGCCGCAGCGGCAGCAGCAGAAGGUUGGCUCGAGGCGGCAAGGUAGCGUCCACGAGGCGGCGUGAGGUUCUCCUCCUCGUCUUCAUCUCCUUGUGGAUGAUGCGAUGAAGGCCGAGGUGCCAGGUCGUGGAACCGGGUGCGCUUUUUCUUCACCUUCGGCAUGUGAUAUAUGCUCUGGGACGAGUUCAAGAAU